AUGCAGGCCGAGGCAGUGGCGCUCACGGCGUCAGUGGCUCUCGCGGCGGCGGCCGUGGCGGUGCAGCCACAGGUCAGCGAGAGUCUCGUGCCGAUCAUCGGCCUCGCGCUCCUCGCCUACGCCAUCUUCCUGCUCAGGAAGAUGCUCAGCGCCGCCGAAAGCAGCUGCUACAUCAGCGACAACAUCAGCCGCAGGUGCAGCUUCAUCGAGCGUCGGUUGAUGGGCCUGGAGUUCUCUCCAUGGGAGACUCAGCGGCAAAUCGCCGCAGCGAUCCAGGAGUGGGACAUGGCUCAGGACCAGUGGUACGCAUCCCGUCAGGCCUUUCAGUAUCUCAGUCGGUACUCCAGGAAUUUCCUGCAGCGCACGAGUCAGAUGCCGUCGGCGGUUCAGCUCUCCAUCAUCGCCAACAAGGCGUUCGAGGAGUCAGGCGAGCUUGCUUCAGGCACGAAACUCACACUGAUGAGGCAGCAGCUCAGCAACAGCUGGGCCGAUCAGUUCCACGGUCAGGGUCCGGCCUACGAUGCUUCAGCGACACUCAGCUCCAGUUUGGCUCAGCUGACUCCGCACGAGAUCGUCGACUUCUUCGGCUUUCAGUAG